CAAGAGCCAUCUGACAUUUGUUGACUCUGUAAAUGUCAAAUUCGGGAAUCGCAUAAUGAACCGCAAUACGUUGUCAUAAUAGGAUAAAGAGAUCGUAUACUAUCACUUAUAUAUUAUUGGAAAAAAUAUUUUGAUACAUGUAAAAUAUGACAGAGAUAGAAUGGAUCUCAAAACCUAUGGAGUAUGGAACUGUAAAGUUUGCAUGUUUAGAGGAAGCUAUAGAACAUCCGUUGAAACCAGUUGUGAUCACUUUAAUUGAUGGACGUAAUUCAACUAGACGCAAUGCAUUACGAAGUACAAGUACUAGUUCCUCUACUGGAAUACCAACACCAACGCAUACACCAGUUCCUAUGAAUCCAUUGAGCGAUCCACUGCUAAGCCAUCCUUCUCUGGAUGGCUCUGAUCCUCUUACACAGUUUGCACGAGAGGAACUUGAUCCUCUGUCCAAAAUGGCUGCAGAUGAAUGGGAUUAUUCUAAUGUUGCACUAGUUGGUAAAAAAUUGAAGGAUACAGCAGAAGAAUUGGUCGAACCAUGGUCUGUUAGACGUUCUGCUAUAUUGAGUAAAUAUACAACUUCUGAAAAACUAUCAAUCGUUACUAGCUUCUUACCAGGUGGAGAAAAAGUUGUAGUGAAAGUUCAGCCAAGUGGAUCAAUGGUCGACAAAGUAAAAACGCGGCUCGAGCAAUUGGAUGAUUUUGAGGAAGGCUCUGUAAGACAAAUGUUGGAUUUAUCACAACAGCAAUAUACUGCGCGAAUCGAGCAAUUGAAUAAUGAACUAGUACAAGCAUGGCAUUCCGAUCAAAGAGUAAAGGCGCUCAAAAUCGCAAUACAGUGUGCCAAAUUAUUAGUAGACACAUCUGUAAUGGCUUUCUAUCCAAGCAAAUUUGUUCUCAUCACAGAUAUAUUGGAUAUUUUUGGGAAGCUUGUAUAUGAAAGAUUGAAAAUGAAGGCUGAAUACUACAAACCAGGAAGCAAAGUACCUACGAGCUUACCUGACAACUUUACACCUGAUAUGGUUCCUGAGAAUGCAAAGGAAACGUGUCGCAAUUGGUUUUAUAAGAUAGCUUCUAUACGAGAAUUGGUGCCGCGUUUGUAUGUAGAGAUGGCGAUAAUAAAAUCUUACAGUUUUCUGACGACAAGCGAAUUUAAUACUGCUCUAUUACGUAUAACUCAUAUGAUAAGAGGAAUCGGGAAUCCGUUGAUAGCCGUUUAUGCGAGAUGCUAUUUAUGUCGCGUGGGACUAGCAUUGAACAAAACAUCAGAUUUUGAGUUUGUACGAGAAAAUUUCAACGAUUUUCUUUUUACUUAUCAUCAGUUAUUUGGGCUUGCUGUCAAGAAUGAAUUAGCGAAACAGAAUCUCACUCUACAUUCCUAUUUGAAUCUCUAUUUACCGGCGUUGGAUUGGAUUGUACAGGUUUUGGUAGUAACAUCGUCCGAAAGUCUUCUCGAGGAAAUUUUGUCUCGUUGUAAAAAACAAGAAAAUGGAUCAUUAUUAUUGAACACAGUAUUGACUGCAUUUAAACCAACGUACAUUGCCGCACGCGCCAUGGACUUUGUAAAUUUAAUAGUAGCGAGCGAAGAUGACGGAUAUCCUCAAUAUCUCCUGUAUAAAAGUUUAGGAGAGUGUCUUGUACGAGAAUCUCCGCCGAAAGAAGACUGUCAAUCGGUGCUUAAUAUAAUAUGGAAAUACAUAACAGAGCUCACAGAUCCUAACAAAUUUAUGCAUUGCAUCGAAAUCUGGAUUCAGUUUACUGUUAUACAUUUUUCUGUAAAUGAACUCAAUUUAUUUUUCGGUAAAAUAAUAGAUCAUUUACGACCCAACAAGGCCUUCGAAAACUAUUAUCCGCAAUUGCAGAAUAUUGUUGAGAAGAUAGUCGCUCACACGCAAGAUUUUGAGUCACUGCUUGCUAUGGAUAAUUUUUUGCCUUUAAUUGACUUGUUUCACAAGGAAAGUAUUAAGGUUGAGGUUUGUAAAACUGUUAUAGAAGGAUUGAGUGCGCAGAAUGGACCCAUUACAGAUCCUAUUAUUAUAAACGCUCUCAUGUUUAUCGCAAGGAUUAUGCACGACUCUGUUAGCGCUUUGACUGUCGAAGAUGAGAAACGACAAAUCGGUCAAUUAAUAUGUGGCUUGGUGCAACGAGUAGAUUAUGGUCGUGAUUUUGAAAAGCAGCUUAAUUUUUAUGCAGAGGCCAGGGCGGCGUUUCCUAAUCUUGAUAGUAUUCAUAUACAGCUUGUACAGUGUGUAAAUAGAUUAUCAGUCGAUACUAGGAAAAUAGUGCGCGGUCAUCACACGAGAAGAACGUCAGCGUUUGUACGCGCCUGUGCUGCAUUCUGUUUCAUCACUAUACCAUCCUUAACUUUGGUUCACACGCGUCUUCAAUUAUAUCUUUUGUCCGGACAAGUCGCUCUCUUGAAUCAAUGUCUAGGUCAAGCCGAUGCUUGCUUCAAGGCCGCCUUAAGUUUAGUUCCUGAAAUGCCGAAGACCAUCGACAUUGAUGGAAGACAGAAAAGUUCACAACCAUAUUUACUCUCAUAUUUGUCGAAUUUCUUGUCAACAUUGUUAGUAGUCCCGGAUAGCCCAGAGCAUGGAGUCUUGUAUUUGAUGAGAGGUUUACUUAAUGCGGUUCAACGUUGUUUCGAAGAAAAUACCUCAAUCAAGCCAUAUUUGUAUUUACGUGUACUCGAUCUUCUUUCAACGGUAGCGCAGGAAAAUUAUCCUUAUCAUAUCGACAAGGUUGAUUCAAAUGAUAAAUUAUAUGGAUCUGAUCAGAAAUUUAUUGGUGAGGUAAAUAAAAUAUGUUCCAAGAUUGUUGAGGAAAUCUUAAGCCAUCUCAAGUAUCUUGGGUCUACCGAGCAAUUCGACAAACAGUCAGCUCUAGCACUCGAGCUGUUUAAUUGCUUUGUUAUCCGUGCAGAUUUACGAGAUCCCGCAUUAGCAAACAUGGCUGUAAAUUUAUGGAACUUAUCACAACGGCAUGGUUCAGUGGAUCCCAAAAUGACAAUGAGAACAAAAGCUUACAUGACACAAAAGAGUCAUCAUCGAGAAUAUGGACAUUUUGCUGAUAUACUCACGAAAAUGUCGAAUUAUCGACAAUAGAAGAUACUUUAAACACUUUUUAUUGUACAGAUCGAAGCGCAUCCAAAAAUAUAUCAGCAUGACGCUCUGUAAAAGUUAAUGCAGGCCUCAAUCGUAUGGAUUGGCUA